AUGGCUACCCGCCCAAGUCGUCAUGAUGAGUUCGAGAUCGCGGUGGUUUGCGCGCGGCCAUUGGAGUACGAUGCUGCGGCGCUUGCUUUCGACGAGUUCUGGGACGACGACGGCGACAUGUACGGGAGAGCAGCAGGCGAUACGGAUACCUACUGUACCGGCCGAAUCGGACGGUACAACGUCGUCCUGGCGCUGCUCCCAAAUAUGGACAAAGCCAGUGAGGCAAGUGCCGCUGCCAGCCUGCGAUCGAGCUUUACGGGACUUAGAUUGGCCAUUGUGAUGGGGAUCUGCGGCGGAGUGCCCAAUCCCGGGACCGACGACGAGAUCAUCCUGGGCGACGUCAUCAUCAGCCGGACGGUCGUCCAGUACGACUACGGCCGGAAGUACCCGGACGGGUUCAUCCGCAGAGACACCUUGGACGAUAACCUCGGACGACCCAACCGAGACAUUCGAUCCCUCCUGUCGACGUUCGAGACGGACCGUGGGCGUGACGGUCUCCAGCGCGGCGCUGCGCAGGCCAUGAACCAGAUCCGAGAGAAGGCUGCGAAGAGGCGUCGCCGUGGGCGAUACGUUCGCCCAAGUGCCUCGGAAGAUAGGCUCUUCAAGCCGGACUACCAGCACGAGCAUCGCAACCAAUCUGAUUGCGGAUGCUUCGAGCAGGUGUGCGAGGCGGCCCGGGCCGCCUCGUGCGCCGAACUCGGCUGCGACACGGCAGAACUGGUACCGCGGGAGCGGCUCCAGGAGGCACACGAGGUGGGCCCCGGCGACGGAUACGCCGAUAACGAGUUCGAGAUUUACAUCGGCUGCGUCGGGUCAGGCGACACGGUGACGAAGACCGGCGAGGGCCGCGACAGGAUCGCCGGCGAGCACGGCCUCAUCGCGUUCGAGAUGGAGGGCGCCGGGGUGUGGGACGAGGUGCCGUGCAUCGUCGUCAAGGGCGUCUGCGACUACGCCGACAGCCACAAGAACAAGAAGUGGCAGACGUACGCGGCCGCGACGGCGGCGUCUGUCAUGAAGGCCCUUCUGGCGCGCUACACCCAGACGGACAAGCCAUCGGUGGGCAGCCACACGGGCGCGGACGCGGGCGUGGGCUUGAGAAGUUCAGGGCCUGUAUUCAACGGGCCUAUUACGGGAAAGAAUGUGUUGGCAGGGCACCACACGAGCGGAGGGACGACCAACAUAACCUUUGGCAGUUAG